CACAGCUCGUUUUUACUGUGUUCUCAUAGUCCACUCUAUCCAUCCCUAUAUAUUUCUCCAUCACAUCUUAAUUUCUUGCAGAAGUGUGAACCUCCAAACUUACUUUCUUUCAAGGAAAACAAACAAUGGGAAGAGCUCCUUGCUGUGACAAGAAUAAUGGACUCAAGAAAGGUCCUUGGACCCCCGAGGAAGAUAUGAAGCUUAUCAAUUAUAUUCAGACUCAUGGCGCCGGGGACUGGCGUAACGUCCCUAAGAAUGCUGGACUCCAAAGAUGUGGGAAGAGAUGCCGUCUUAGAUGGACGAAUUACCUUCGGUCGGAUAUUAAGAGAGGAAGGUUCUCUUUUGAAGAAGAAGAGACUAUAAUACAACUCCACAGUGUGCUCGGAAACAAGUGGUCGGCCAUUGCUGCUCGCUUACCAGGAAGGACUGACAACGAAAUCAAGAAUUACUGGAACGCACAUAUCAGAAAAAGGCUUCUAAGAAAUGGGAUUGAUCCUGUGACUCAUUCUCCCCGACUCGAUUUUCUUGAUCUUUCCUCCAUUCUCAGCUCAACUCUUUGUAACCAGGCCCUUUUCAGUUUAUCGAGUUUGUUAGGAACCCAAGCUCUCCUGAAUCCAAAUCUCCUAAGGCUCGUAAACACUCUCUUGGCUAUAAAUAAAUUAGAAAACCCAGAGACCCUUUUGCAGUAUCUCCAGAAACACCAGUGUCAGGCUGCUCAGACACCUCCAGAUAUUUCAACUUGCACCACAUCCACUCCACCUUCUACUAACCAAACGCAGCUUCUGCAACCAAACGGGGAAGUUUUGUUGCCAGAGAUAGGGAACUUUGGAUGCCAGAAUUCCCAACAGAAUCUACCUUUGAAUUUUGGUGAUAACAAUACUUUUGUUUCGCAGCCAAGCUAUGUUCCUCAUGUUGCUGACAAUUCAAAUUUUCAAUCUCUUGAUGGAAGCCAGAAUUUCAGUUUUGAUUCUGUCAUGUCAGAUCCUAUGUCGAGUCCGACCCCAUUGAACUCGUCUUCGUUGAUCAAUCGUAGCAGCAGUACUGAAGACGAUAAAGAAAGCUACAGCAGCAUGCUGAAGUUUGAAAUUCCAGAGAAUUUAGAUAUUAGUGAUUUUAUGUAAAUAAAUAUAGUUAAUAAUAGUGUGUUAAUGCGGUUGCUUGUAAAGUGAUGAAUGAAUGAAUGAAAAACCAUUUUGUUUUUUUGGUUUUUUCUUCUAGGAUUCUACCUCGUAAUUUGGCUGUUUUUGAGAUUUUCAUUGCGCUGGAUGUAUUGUUUUGUAUUUUACUUGUUAUUUUUCCAAAUAAAAAAUUCCUAUUUUU